AUGUUAACUAAAUUAAUCACAAGGCUUGACUUCAAGAACUAUCAGUUUGUGUUGGCUUUGGCUUUUGCUAUUGAGGAGAUCAAUAAAAACCCUGAUUUUUUAAGUAACUGGACUCUGGGAUUUGACGUCUAUGAUGAUCAAUACAGAGCUUGGUCAAUGCUUAAGAAUCCCUUCAUUUGGCUCUUUGGGAAGUACGAGAUUCCAAACUACACUUGUAUGAGAGACAGCAGGUCUAUAGCAGUACUUACAGGACCACAAGGAUUAACAUCUGACAAAAUUGGAACAUUGCUGGGACUCUACAAAUUUCCACAGAUUACCUUUGGGCCUUUUUCUCAUGUCCUGAGUGACUAUCACAAGUUUCCUGCUCUCUAUCAGAUGGCCCCAAAGGAUACAUCAAUAGCCACUGCCAUGGUCUCCUUACUGCUUCACUUCAGCUGGAAUUGGGUGGGACUGUUAAACUUACAGGAUGAGAAUGAUUCGUGGAUUCUUGCUGAAUUGAAAGAAGAGAUGGCCAAGAGCAGAGUUUGUGUAGCCUAUGAGCAAUUAAUCUCAAUCCAAUCGAUAUCACAUGUACUAGAAGCCAUGGCAGUUUAUAACGAGAUAAAUAAAUCUUCAGCAAAUGUCUUCAUCAUACAUGGUGAUAAUGGUAAACUAAUAGAAUUAAUCGUGUGCAUUGAGCAACUUUUAAUAAAAGGCAGAGUUUGUAUCAUGAACUCACAGUGGGAUUUCACCAUGAAAAGGAAAUACUUCAUGCUAGGCUCAUUGCAUGUACCUCUCAUUUUUUUACAUCAUCAUGAAGAUGUUUCUGGAUUCACAGAAUUUGUCAAGACAGUUAAUCCUUCCAAAUACCCAGAAGACAUUUUUCUUGCUAGGAUCUGGUUUCUGUCUUUUAAUUGCUCAGAUAUUGAGUCUGACUGUGUGACAUGGGACAACUGUGUUCAUGAGGCCUCUUUGGAUUGCUUGCCUGGGCAUGUUUUAGACAUGACUAUGUCUGGACACAGUUACGAUAUAUACAAUGCUGUGUAUGCUGUGGCCCAGGCUCUCCAUGAGAUGCUUCUUCAUCAGACAGAAGUUCAAAUAAUGAGAAAUAGAAAAAGGACACCACUUUCCCCUACACAGUUGCUCCAUUUCCUGAAGAACAUCCAGUUUCACAAUUCUGUUGGGCAGCAAGUGAUUUUGGAUGAGAAAAGGAAAUUGGAGCCAGAGUAUGACAUUCUGAACAUUUGGAAUUUUCCAGAAGGUCUUGAACUUGAGGUGAAAGUAGGAAAGUUUUCUCCAUAUGCUCUUCAUGGUAACCAACUGUCUUUAUCUGAAGAUAUGGUGGAGUGGGCCAUAGGAACCACAGAGACUCCUCACUCUGUCUGCAGUGAGACUUGUGGUCCAGGAUUCAGGAAAUCUCCUCAGGAGGAAAAGGCUACCUGUUGCUUUGACUGUACACCUUGUCCACAGAAUGCAAUUGCUAACGGCACAGAUAUGGACCAGUGUGUGAAGUGUGCAGAUCAUCAGUAUGCCAACACACAGAGAAAUAAGUGCCUCAUGAGAACUGCAAGUUUCCUGGCUUUUGGAGAUCCCUUGGGCAUGGCUCUGGCCUGCAUGGCUCUCUGCUUCUCUAUGCUAACUGCUGCUGUUCUUGGGAUAUUUGCAAAACAUCAAGACUCUGCUAUCGUCAAGGCCAAUAACCGGACUCUCAGCUACAUCUUGCUCAUCUCCCUCAUCUUCUGUUUCCUCUGUUCCUUGCUCUUUAUUGGUCGUCCCAACACAGUUACCUGCAGACUGCAGCACAUCACAUUUGGGAUUGUCUUCACUGUGGCUGUUUCCACAGUGUUGGCCAAAACGGUGACUGUAGUCCUGGCCUUCAAAGCCACUUCUCCAGGGAGAAGGAUUAGGUGGCUGCUGGUAUCAGGGGCUCCUAACUUCAUCAUCCCCAUCUGUACCCUCAUCCAGGUUACUCUCUGUGGAUUCUGGCUGGGGACUUCUCCUCCCUUCGUUGACACAGAUACAUACUCUGAACAUGGCCACAUCAUCAUCCUGUGCAACAAGGGCUCCCUCACUGCCUUCUACUGUGUCCUGGGAUACCUGGGCUCCCUGGCCCUGGCCAGCUUCACUGUUGCUUUUCUGGCCAGGAAUCUGCCUGACACCUUCAAUGAAGCCAAGUUCCUGACCUUCAGCAUGUUACUGUUCUGCAGUGUGUGGCUCACCUUCUUGCCUGUCUACCACAGUGCCAAGGGGAAGGUCAUGGUGGUUGUGGAGGUCUUCUCUAUCUUGGCCUCUGGUGCAGGGCUCCUAGGCUGCAUUUUUGCCCCAAAGUGUUACAACGUUUUGUUAAUGUCAAAUAGAAAUUCUCUUCGUGACUUCAGGGAUAAAAAACCUACUAGGAGGAAUUAG